AAAUAAAGAGCGAGACCUUUGUAAGAGGGGGCAAGGCAAGACACAGCAUUUAUUGAUUGAGCGCUUAGUAUACACACACACCCCCAAUUUCUGUUCUGUGCUGGUAUACUUUACCAGCCUCAUCAGUGCUCAAGUCAAUUUAGUGGCCAGCUAAGUUUGUCACGAGUGGGAACUGGGCUUCUGUUGGUCUGUCAUCAGGCGAACUGAUGCUCCAGAAUGGUAUGCAGAACAAGACCCAAAAUGGACGUGUCUUGCCCCACCUUUUAUAGUCUUGUCAGUUCAGUCAGUCCUCUGUGCUUUUGCUGUGUUAUCACAGUGUUCCUCCUUGAAGGUCGAUUGAUGUUGUUCUCUCGCUGUUCUGGGGUGGAUUCUUCUUCUUUUGUUUUUUUUAUCUGUCUGCAUUCUUCAGCCAGUUGCCACCUGGUGUUUUCCUUUUCCACAAACACACUCUCACCCAUUCCAUCACACAUAAAGCAUACAAAGGAGUGAAAGGUCAAGCACUUAUGUCCAGCUACAGAUCAAUACAAAAUGGAGUUUCUUAAGGCAGUGCAAAACUCAAAAAAAUACACACAAAAAAGCAUCAAGGUAAUAGAUAAGAUUAAGACAAUAGACAAAAGUCUAUCUCCAUGUUAUUUACCCAACAUAAAACUGGUAUUUAUGCCAUUUGCAUAACACCUGCUGACUUCCUCUCUGCUUGUCCUCAGGACCAUGGGUCUGCAGACGCUGGGCCUGGCCUGGGCGCUGGCGCUGGCGCUACCCCACGGGGAGGGCACUGAGGGGGGCACCUGCCUGCCCGGAGGGAAGCAUAAGGCCCGGCCCAGUCCUGAGAGCAGCCUGGGACUCUGCCAGGCCUAUGCACACAAUGCCUGUUGCUCCCCAGAAACAGCUGCCGAGAUUUCCACUACAGGGGCCAGGGAUGUUGCCUGGGACUGCUGUGGCCCCCUCAGCUCCAGUUGUGCCAGGUACCUGCAACAACUUGAAUGUUUCUACCGCUGCUCACCUGGCGCUGCCCACUGGCUCCACCCUGAGCACCCCACAGCGCUGCAUCGAGCCCCCCUGUGUCGGGACUUCUGUCAGCAGUGGUACAAUGCCUGCCGGGAUGACCUGACCUGUGCUCAGGACUGGGUCCGUGACUGGCGCUGGGGCCCCGAGGGCAACAACUGCACGGGGGGCUGUGCCCCCUAUAGCCAGAUGUACCGUGAUGGCCAGGACCUGUGUGAGACCAUCUGGGGAGAUGCUUUUGUGACUGAGGAUCCCCCCUGCCCCUGCCUGACCCCAGGGGCUCCAGGCCUGGAGAUGGCAGCAGUGGCAGGCAUGCCAUGCCCAACACGGGUCAGGAGCCGGCGCACUGUCAUCGAGGAGGAUGUGGAAGGCAGCGGGAGCGGAUUCUAGGGCCCCUCCCUGCUUCCCCCAGGGGAAGACCCCACCCUGCACUAGGGGAACUGCUCGUGAUCUAUGCAACACCCCCCCCCCCACCAGUGCCCCUACCCACUAGGCGCCGCUCCCCUCCCAGAGGUGGGAGAGUACCCUGGCAUCCUGGAUCCCAGCACCCCCUGCUCUAAACACCUUCUUUCCCAUGGAACCCAGGUGUCCAGACUUCUAGCUGUCCCUGCUCUAACCACCCCAGAGAACCCAGGCGUCCAGGGUCCCAGCCCCCCAGACCUGCUUUAAUACCUCAGCUCCAACUCUCAGAUUAGACCAGAGAGAGAACCCAAGUGUCCAGAGGGCCAGGUCGCCACUUCCCUGACCAGGGAACCCAGGAUUUUAUUCCCUCUGCUCUAAACCCUCAUCCCUUGCUCCCCACCCAAAGCAGAAAAAAAACUCAGGCAUCUGGACUGCCAACAUGCUCUCUCCCCCCCGAGCUAGGGAAAGAACAGAGGUAUCCGGGCUUACCCUACACGCUCCCUUUGGCAGAGGCAGAGAUAGAGCCCAGGUAUCUGGGACCAUAGGCAAGUCAGUAGUGCUGCCCCCCCCAUCCCGGCUGAAGAACCCAGGCAUCCUGCUGCUUUGCAGCCCCCUCCCACAACCCCUUAUCUAUCCACUAGGCCACAAGGCCUGGCAAGACCUGCCCCCCAAGUCCUAGAAGUGGAGGAGCUUUGUGGCCAGCAUGUCAACCCACCUAGACUCCUCCCCCACCCCCAAGUGGGGCAGGAAUAAACCAGCCAGAAGCUGA